CAAGUUUCAACAUCCUACAAGACACAGAAAAAAUAAACAAAGUACUCUGUAAACUCCCCUGUUUCCAACUUUCAGCUCUGUUACUCAUUCAUUAACACCCAAAAACCUUUUGAGUUUGAGUUCUUCUUCUAACUACUUUAAUUACCAAAAAUGGUUACUUUCAUUGAAGAACGACCAAAGAACAUGGCCGCUUGUCAAAAUUUGGCAUCUGAUGCCAAAUCAGCACAAAAGCCGCCUGCACCGCCUGGUUUUCUCUCCAUUUCAAGCAAGAAAUUGCUUCAAAACAUUGAAAUCAACGCCGGAGCAAGGGUUAAUGCAUGGGUGGAUGCCAUGAGAGCUUCUUCCCCAACUCAUAUGAAAUCCACACCUUCCAUUGCAAAUGAUGAAGGUUCCUGGAAUCUGCAACAUCCAUCAGCACUGGACAUGUUCGAGCAGAUAAUAGAUGCAUCGAAAGGGAAACAAAUAGUAAUGUUCUUAGAUUACGAUGGCACUCUUUCACCGAUAGUAGCUGACCCAGACCGAGCUUUCAUGUCCAAGAAGAUGAGAAAGACUGUGAGAAAGCUUGCCAAAUGUUUCCCGACGGCCAUAGUGAGUGGUAGAUGCAGGAACAAGGUGUAUAACUUUGUUAAAUUAGCUGAGCUAUACUACGCUGGAAGCCAUGGAAUGGACAUUAAAGGUCCUGAAAAACAUUCCAAAUCUAACCAGGAUACUGAACUACUUUUCCAACCAGCCAGUGAAUUCCUUCCAAUGAUUGAUGAGGUUUACAAGCAACUGGUUGAGACCACAAAAUCAACUCCAGGAGCUAAAGUGGAGAACAACAAAUUUUGCCUCUCAGUACACUUCCGUUGUGUAGAUGAAAUGAAAUGGAGUGAACUGGCACAGAAGGUUAAGUCUGUGUUAAAAGACUACCCCAAGCUUCGGCUAACACAAGGCAGAAAGGUUCUGGAAAUCCGUCCCACAAUCAAAUGGGACAAAGGGAAAGCCCUGGUGUUUUUGUUAGAAUCUCUUGGAUUCGCUAACUGUGCCGAUGUUUUCCCGGUUUACAUCGGAGAUGACUGCACCGACGAAGAUGCAUUCAAGAUACUGAGAGACAGAGGACAAGGUUUUGGUAUUCUUGUCUCCAAGUUUCCCAAAGACACUAAUGCUUCAUAUUCUUUACAAGAACCAGAUGAGGUCAUGAAUUUUUUGCGACGUUUGGUUGAUUGGAAAGAAUUAUCGAUAAGAACUCAAUCGAAGUUUUAAAAGAGAAUGGAAAAUAUAUAUAUUGUGCACUGCACUCUAACCAGAGUUGCAAAAGCGAUGGGAUUAAAGUAGUGAAUUAUUGCUUAAGAUAAUGAUUAUAGAUAAUUUUAUCUUUUGGUGUUGAAAGCCUUGUACAUCUUUGUAACUAGUUGGGUACACAGGGUAAAAACUUGUAGCUUCAUAACUUGGUGUUCUUAUCUAAAAAU